CUGGAGUCUUUGGUCGAUCAGCUGUGUGAACAUGUUGUGCUACUGGGGAGCGCAGCUCACAGAGGGCCUCGGUUUGAUACAGCCUGACAAAGUCAAACAUGGCAAAUGUGGAAUACGAUCCGUGUGUUCCAAAUCACCAGUUCAGGACAUGUCAGCUGGAAGGAGUUUUGUUGGAUUUAUCAGGAAUGAGAAGCUCUCGAUCCUGAGAUUCCGCGGCGAAGACUGUGAUCAGGAUGGAAAACUAGAGCAACCACAGCUGAAUAAGGACAGUUUGAGAUUCAGAUCGAUUGUCUGUGGAGGAGACUGUGCGGUUCUUCUUGCUGAUGGAGGAAAAGUUCUCUUUAUGGGCACAUCUACUGUGUGCCGUCCUCUUAACGGUCUGGAAAACAAGCAAGUGAUUCAGAUCGCGUGUGGAGACCAGCAUUCAAUGGCACUAACCAAGGAUGGUCAGCUGUUUGUAUGGGGUGAUAACUCUCACGGUCAGCUGGGUUUGGAGAAAGAACAGUCCAGCUCUCUGUCAGCUCACCGCGUGAAGAGUCUGGAUGGGAUCCCACUGGCUCAGAUCAGCGCUGGAGGAGACCACAGCUUUGUGUUGUCUCUCUCUGGAGUCGUGUUCGGAUGGGGAAAGAACUCGGCUGGACAGCUGGGCCUCGGAGACACUACAGACAGACACGUCCCAACGGUUGUAAAUAGUCUGAACCGAAAGAAAACUGUGUCCAUCUCAUGUGGAGGGGAACACACUGCCACUUUAUCAAAGGACGGCACAGUGUUCACAUUUGGAUCAGGAGGUUUUGGCCAGCUUGGGCACAACUCAUUUAAAGACGAACAUCAUCCGCGGGUCGUUGCUGAACUGUGGGGAUCUAAAGUGUCCCAGGUCACAUGCGGGAGACGUCACACACUCGUAUCAUUUGAAUCGUCAAAGCUGAUCUAUUCAUUUGGAUGUGGGAUGCAAGGGAAGCUGGUAAAUGGAGAAAUGAUCAAGAAGUCUGUGCCUUUCCCUGUGGAUCUGUCAACUGAAUGUGAUCAUAAAUACACAUUUGAAAAACUCAUCGCUGGGGAGAAUCAUUCCUUUGCCUUGUUUUUCAAAGUAAGACAGGCACUUGAAAGUAAGCCAAAAUCCAAUCACAGAGCGGUUUUGACAAAUGACAAAAUGGUUGACCGAUGGGUGUCUGGAAGUGAUACAACAAUAAAUAAGGAAAUAAACACAGUGUUCUCCUCGGCUGCUUCUCUGAAUGGAAGUUUCAUCAAAACAAGUUGUGAUGAACAUUAUCAGACUUCUGAGGAGCAUUGUGGAUUGGAUUUUGAUCUGGUUAAAACAUCCUUUGCAAAGUUAUUAGAGGAUAAACGGUCAAUAACAAAGGUGGUGAAGGUAGUUCAACAGAAACUGCUGCCGUCUCUGAACCCAAAUCCAGCUGGUGUGGAAGCUCUGAGACUUUACCUUCUCCUCCCUGAACUCAUCAGAGGACUCCAGAAACAAAGAACUGAACUCACUGGAGCACUGGCCUCCAAAAUCCUUCAGUUGAAUCUAGAUGCUCGUACUGUGUUAGUGAUGUACUGGUCCAAACUCCCCAACGAUUGGCUCAAAGACUUGGUGAAGUUGUUUCAGAAAGAAUGUGCUGAGCUGAUUGGCCAGAUUUCUUGCGGCAAAAACGACCAUGACUUUACUAGACGCCUGCAGACCUUUUUGGAGAUCCUUCAGAUGCUCAAUAAGGUCUGUUGCACUACCCACAGUGACAUCACAAACAGUGAUUUCAUCAUUCAUGAGAUCAACGAUCUUUUAGAUACGCUGCAAGCCACCUUGGCAAACCUGCGCGAGAUGUAUAUGAGCUUUGGGCUCACAGAAGAAAAUGACACGGUGAAAUUGAGAGAUUACUACUUGGGAAUUAUUGAAAUAUUGGUCAAGUUCCCUUUUGCAGCUGACACGGUAUCUAAACGGAGAAUGUUUGGUAACUUGCAGAAUAAGUGCAUAUGGAGCUUUCCUGACCAAGAGAUGCUCAUGUUAAAUGACAACGUGUUGCGUGUAAACAGGAACUCACUGUUGACAGACACCUUAAAGUAUCUCAAACAAAAAACCCACUCAUUUUUAAAUCUAUUAAAGGUCGUGUUCAUCGGGGAGAAUGGAAUAGAUGAGAGGGGCUUAUCAGCCGAAUUCUUCUCCCUUCUUUCCAAGUCUCUCCUCAAAUGGGAGAAAAGCGUGCUGGAGGUCCAUGAGAAUUUAUUGGUUUGGUUCAAUCCUGAUCGCACCCAAUGUAAUAAGGAUUUUUACUAUCUUGGCAUUAUCUGUGGAAUGGCGCUGUACAACCAUCAUUAUGUUAACAUUGACUUCCCACUGGCCUUGUUCAAGAAACUCCUCCAGCUGAGUCCCACUCUGAAUGAUCUGGAGGAACUGUCCCCUGUGGAGGCCAGAAGUUUGAAAAGCCUUCUCGAGGAAGAAGAGGACGUCGUGGAUGUACUGUUUUUGGAUUUCACAGUCAAAGGGCAAGAGCUCGUUCCAAACGGAGGUCAAAUUCCAGUGACCAAAGUUAAUAGACAGAAGUAUGUGGAUUUGUAUGUCGACUUUGUUUUCAACAAGUCUGUGGAGAAUCAGUUCAAGGAUUUUUCAAGCGGUUUCUCUGAGGGCUGCCCUCUCGAUAUCUGGAGCGUGUUUCACCCUGAAGAACUGCAGGAGCUUCUCCACGGCUCCCCUAAAUAUGACUGGCAGGAGCUUCUCCAGUCUGCUUCCUAUGAACGAUGUUCUGAUGAGCUUAUCAAGAACUUCUGGACUGUUUUCUUUGAGUUCUCUGAAGAGAACAAGAAGAAAUUUCUGAUGUUCUUGUAUGGAACGGACCGUGUGCCUGUGGGAGGUUUCUCAACGCGUUCUCUGAAGAUUUGUCAGUCAGACGGUCCUGAUCCAGAUCACCGUUUGCCACAGGCUCAGACCUGUUUUGACAGAUUAAUUCUUCCCAAAUACAGCAGUAUCAAAACACUUCGCUACAAGCUAGUGCAUGCAAUCCACUUUUGUGAGGUUUUUGGACGAGGAUGAAC